GCGAGGCUGGAGUGAGCUGGCUCCCUGUGACCGUGAGUCACGCCCCUGUUUCCCCCAGAGCCCGCCCCGCUGGAAGGCCAGCUGGGGUGAGGGGUGGGCCCUGUGCCUGGGCGUUAGCCUCCCUCUGCUGCCUCCUGGAGCCCCGCCGUGGAGGCUGCUGCUGGCUGCCCGCAGCUGCUUGUCCUUGCCCCGCUGGUGUGAGUGCCCCUUGUCCUGGGGACCAGCAGACCCUGGAGGACCUGGGUGGCUCCUCAGGCCUCCUCCGCUCUCCCCACUGCUGGGUGGGGGUGGGAAGGGGGUAGGUGCAGCCGGCUGAGGAGCCUGAUGAUUUCCUGCCCUCACCCGGCGCUCACCACAGCUUCCUGCCACAGGCGGGAGGGCAGGCGUUGAGGGAAGGCGGGCGCCAAGCCCAGGGGCAGGUAGGCCUGGGUGCAGGGGCCACGCAGGGUGGCUGGUGCCCCAGACUCCAGCCAGGCCCUGGCCUGACUGCCUGGGGCCCAGGGUCUGACAGCCAGCACUGACACCACUCAGCCCAAGGCGGGGCGGGGACCCAGGAGCCCUUAAGGAGGGCACGGCUGCCCGCCGGGCUCUAGCCUGGUGUCUGCCCGCCGGGCUCCAGCCUGGUGUCGCUGGGCCCCUCCGCCCCGGGGCCCCUCCGCCCGCUGCCCAGCGCUUGCUCCGCUGCAGUUCUGUGCUGGGGCGUCCAGCGAGCCGCAGGUCCGGUCCGAGCUCGGCCCUGCAGAUGGAGGCGGCCGUGCUGCUCCCCAUGGUGCUGGGCCUCCUGCUGCUGCCCCUCCUGGCUGUGCUGCUGAUGGCGCUCUGUGUGCGCUGCCGAGAGCUGCCAGACACCUAUGCCUACGACAGUGCUGUGCCGGACAGCCUGCCAAGGAGCAUCAUGAUCAAAAGGCCUCCCACACUAGCCCCCUGGCCACAGGCUACCGUGACCUCCUGUCCACCCUUGAGCCAGCCAGACCUGCUCCCCAUCCCGAGAUCCCCACAGCCCCCAGGGGGCUCCCACCGAAUGCCUUCUGCUCGGCAGGACUCCGAUGGCACCAACAGUGUGGCCAGCUAUGAGAAUGAGGGUGCGUCUGGGCCCCCGGGGCCAUGGGCAGGGAGGCUGGGCCCGGCCCGGGCUGUGCUGACCCCGUGUCCUUCCUCAGAGCCGGCCUGUGAGGAUGAGGACGACGAGGAGGACUAUCACAACGAGGGCUACUUAGUGGUGCUUCCUGACACUGUCCCGGCCACGGCCACGGCCACGUGCACCGCCGUCCCGGCAGCUGCUGCGCCCAGCAACCCCGGCUCCCGAGACAGCGCCUUCUCCAUGGAGUCGGGGGAGGACUACGUGAACGUUCCCGAGAGCGAGGAGAGUGCAGACGCGUCUCUGGAUGGGAGCCGGGAGUAUGUGAACGUGUCCCAGGACCUGCAGCCCGCUGUGAGGACUGAGCCCGCCACCUUGGCUUCCCAGGAGGCAGAGGAAGAGGAGGAAGAGGGUGCCCCAGAUUAUGAAAAUCUGCAGGAGCUUCAAUGAAGACCUCAUGAGGCGUGCUGUCCUAGAGCCUGCCUUCCUGGGAGGGCUGAGCUGGGCAACUGGAAGUGGCUCCGGGGGGCCCACUUGGCACCCCACCCUGGCUCCAGCCCGACAACAGCCUGAGAAUUUCCCCCCUAACUUAUUGGCACUUUGGGGUCCAGUCUGGGUGCCCCCAAUGCUGCACCUUCUGACACAGCCUGAGAAUGAAGGGCCUUGGCCCCCGGCCCUGCUCUGUACAGAAUAAAGGCUGGUGUGGUCUGUAGCUCUUGGCUUUGGGGACCCAGUGUCGGGGUCAGGGUGAGGGGGGCAGAGGGUCUGCGUGCGUGCGUGCGUGUGUGCCCCCAUCCUCCACAGGCCUCCAGCUCCUCCGGGUCCUGGCCAGGUGCUAGGACAGGCUGCCUUCUGAGCGAGGCCAGUGUGACCCAGCCUGGCACUUGGGGCCCGGACGCACGUCCGUGAGACCGUCCACAGACGGAGGCUGUGCUGACGGGAGAGCGGCAUGGAGGCGCCCUGGGUGGGCUCUAGAGCAACCCUCCCCGCGGCCCGCUUCCCCAUCUCUGAAAGAAGACUUGAUGGCUUUGAAGGCUUUGUUAGUUUUUACCUUUUGUGGUUCUCAAUAAAACAGAACUUAAAAAUCGUC